AUGGAGAAAUCCACUGACAAGCCAAACAAGGAAAACAAAUUGUCAGCUCCUGGAGUACUGCAGGCUGAGGCAGACAGUCCAGCACCCGUGGCAGGAGGUGCUGCAGAAAUGAGCAGAGCAGGAUCUGUAACACAAAACUCAAAACAUAAGAAGAGAGUGGGAUUCACUGAAGAGCAUACUGAAGAAAUGGAGAGACCUUCAGGAACAGAGAGAGACGGUCCUGCUGCCUUUAAACCAGCAGGUUUGGGACAAGACUCUCCAAACUCACGGCCGCUUGCUGUGCUAACGGACACAAACUCUCCCGAAAUGAGCACGUUGGACCUGAACCUCCAGUGCUCAGACACAGCCACCCUGGACAUGGACUGCAUGAUCUGCUUCAACAAGUACAGCAUCUACAGAGUCCCAAAGCUCCUGGACUGCCAGCACACCUUCUGUGCCGUCUGCCUUAAGCUGAUCCUCAGGAAAGAGGAGAGCACCUGGACAAUCACCUGCCCUCUCUGCAGAAAACCCACCUGUGUGUCAGGAGGGCUGAUCCGCACACUCCAGAAUAAAGAAGACAUCCUGGAGCGCUUGGACUCAAACCCUGAGGUGUACAUCUGUGCCAUGGGGCUGGAUGGCAACAGCUGGACUCAGAGCAGCCAAGACAUUUUGAACCCAGAGGAAAGCAGCCCAGCACACAGCAGCCUGGCUGUGCAGAGACUCCUGCUGCUCCUGCUGCUUGGGGUGAUCCUCGCCAUACUCAUCCUCCCCUUCAUGUACUCAGGGAGGGUGAAAUGGGUAAUUUGUCUCCUGCUUACUUUGGGGUUGCUCAUGUCUAUGGUGCUUUGCUGCACUCCUAAAUUCCACUGCAGGUGCAAGAAGGACUCCUCUGCCUCCUGUGACAAAGAGAUCCACAUUGUUACUGUGGCCUGA